GAGCCGGCGGGCGGCGCGGCACGGCGGCGGGCCCUUCCGGGCGCCGCUCCCCACUCGCUGGGGCUUCCCCGCGGCGGCGGGCCCGGCGCGCCAUGGACAGGCCGGCGGCGGCGGCGGCAGCGGCGGCGGCGGCGGCGGCAGCGGCGGCGGCGGCGGCAGCGGGCAGCGAGAGCGGCGGGGGCCCGGGCCCGGUGCCGGCGGGUGGCAGGAGGCCUCCUCGGGGGGCGGGGGCCCCUGCCGCCGGCUCCCGGCAGCCCAGCGUGGAGACCCUGGACAGUCCUACAGGAUCACAUGUUGAAUGGUGUAAACAGCUUAUAGCUGCUACAAUUUCUAGUCAGAUUUCAGGUUCAGUGACAUCAGAAAAUGUAUCCAGAGACUACAAGGUUUUCAGGAGGCCUGAUAUAAGGGAGAUUCAGGAAGAACACAAUGGCUACCCUUCUGAAGCUGAAGCUGAUCAGGUGGCUCUAAGAGAUGGAAAUAAACUGGCACAGAUGGAAGAAGCGCCACUUUUUCCAGGAGAAUCAAUCAAGGCCACUGUGAAAGACGUCAUGUACAUUUGUCCAUUUGUGGGAGCAGUGACUGGAACCCUAACAGUGACGGACUUUAAGAUGUACUUCAAAAGUGUCGAGAGGGACCCGAAUUUUGUUCUUGAUGUUCCCCUUGGUGUGAUCAGCAGAGUUGAGAAGAUCGGAGCACAGAGCCACGGGGACAAUUCCUGUGGUAUAGAGAUCGUGUGCAAGGAUAUGAGGAACUUGCGACUUGCUUAUAAACAGGAAGAACAGAGUAAACUUGGGAUAUUUGAGAACCUCAACAAACACGCAUUUCCUCUUUCCAAUGGGCAGACUCUCUUUGCAUUCAACUACAAAGAAAAAUUUCCGAUAAACGGAUGGAAAGUUUAUGAUCCUGUAUCUGAAUAUAAGAGACAGGGCUUGCCAAAUGAGAGCUGGAAAAUAUCCAAAGUGAACAGUAGCUAUGAGCUCUGCGACACCUAUCCUGCUGUCAUUGUGGUGCCAACUAGUGUAAAAGAUGAUGACCUUUCAAAAGUGGCGGCCUUUCGAGCAAAAGGCAGAGUCCCCGUGUUAUCAUGGAUUCAUCCAGAAAGUCAGGCAACGAUUACCCGUUGCAGCCAGCCACUUGUGGGUCCCAAUGAUAAACGCUGCAAAGAAGAUGAAAAAUACUUGCAAACAAUAAUGGAUGCUAAUGCACAGUCUCACAAACUUAUCAUCUUCGAUGCCCGACAAAACAGCGUCGCUGAUACCAACAAGGCCAAGGGUGGAGGAUACGAAAGUGAAAGUGCUUACCCCAAUGCGGAGCUCGUGUUCUUGGAGAUCCACAACAUUCACGUGAUGAGAGAGUCCCUGCGUAAACUGAAAGAGAUCGUGUACCCCUCGAUCGAUGAGGCACGGUGGCUCUCCAACGUGGAUGGGACGCACUGGCUGGAGUAUAUAAGGAUGCUUCUUGCUGGGGCAGUAAGAAUUGCUGAUAAGAUAGAAUCUGGGAAAACUUCGGUGGUGGUGCAUUGCAGCGAUGGUUGGGACCGAACAGCCCAGCUGACCUCUCUGGCUAUGCUGAUGUUGGACAGUUAUUACCGCACCAUUAAAGGCUUCGAGGCUCUCAUAGAAAAGGAGUGGAUAAGCUUCGGACAUAGGUUUGCCCUGAGAGUGGGCCAUGGCAAUGACAACCACGCAGAUGCUGACCGGUCCCCUAUUUUUCUUCAGUUUAUUGAUUGUGUUUGGCAAAUGACAAGACAGUUUCCUUCAGCAUUCGAGUUCAAUGAACUGUUCUUGAUCACGAUUUUGGAUCACCUCUACAGCUGUCUCUUUGGGACCUUUUUGUGCAACUGUGAACAGCAGCGACUCAAAGAGGAUGUAUAUACGAAGACUAUAUCUUUAUGGUCGUAUGUCAAUAGCCAGCUCGAAGAAUUUUCGAAUCCUUUCUUUGUGAAUUAUGAAAACCAUGUCUUAUAUCCCGUUGCUAGUCUGAGUCAUCUGGAACUAUGGGUAAACUAUUAUGUGCGAUGGAACCCACGAAUGAGACCUCAGAUGCCCAUUCACCAGAAUCUCAAGGAGCUGCUGGCCGUCAAGGCAGAGCUGCAGAAGCGGGUGGAGGACCUGCAGCGGGAGGUGGCCACGCGCGCCUCGUCCUCGUCCGAGCGGGGCUCGUCACCGUCGCACUCGGUCACCCCCGUCCACACCUCCGUCUGACGGGGUGUGGAGGGUGGCACUUCCGGCGACUCCAGUGGGCGAGGAUGUCCUGCCCGGUGGCCCAGGCGAGGGACCGCAGCUUGUGCUCUGCUCUUCUAGGCUUGGGCCCGACGUCCUCCCAUUCUGGAAGGCACUUUCAGCCACUGACCGUUUGUGUGGCUAGGACCGCUCCCACCAUCGUCAAGUGCUUUUUGUUCUGUGACCCGUGCCCCUCCUGCCGGCGGUUUGUGGCGGCACCUAUUGCACCUACCCCGUGAACCGCCCGCCAGUCCAGCCGCUGGGGACGGGGAGGGAGCAUGGGGUGCGGGGCUUCAGGUCUCUCUCCAGUUCCUUGGAAGGUAAAUCCUUCAUUUUCAAACGCACCCUGUUCACUUCCAGACCGCGUGCCAGCCACGUGGCUUCCUUCAGCUCUUUGCUCCAACCUGAAAAACGUUUUGAACUGAACUACUGGGUGGGGGCGGGCCCACCGCUGCCACCACGUCUCCCGUCCCCUUCAUGCAAGGGGCCUCCUGCACCAGUUACUGCUGUGUACAUAGAAGGCAUUUUUAAGAAAGAGAAACCGGUCUUUAUUUUCCUAUGCCCUUUUUUUACGUUUAGACGAGGAGGCGUCUGCUUCCACGGGCUGGGCAAGCCCUUGCGCACAAAGCUCACGCCAACUUGAUGUGGUACAUCUGGCACGUGAUUCGAACGGGGCCCUGGAGAUGGCACAAUGUCCUGUCCUCCCCCCAGACACCCGUGCUCGCCUCCCGGGCCGCGGCACCGGCCCUUCCUUUACUGCCGCCAGCUGUGUGUGCCCACGCGAGCCUGCCCCGUCCCGCAGCUGCCUGUCGGAAAGGUUUCUCGUUUUAUAGAGACCCUGCGGCUCCGUUUGUUCUCGCCACCGCAUGGCCAUCGUCCCCAGCUGCCCCCGCUCUGCCAGGUGCGUUCCCCAGCUCCGCUUACUCGUGCGGCUGCAUGGUGACCCUCGGCUUCCCUGGAGCUCCCCUGAGCCAGCAGUGGGGUGGCCCGGGGUGGGGUGGGGGUUCUGGAGCGGGCGGUGCCACCCUCCCCUGGAGGUGACCCCGAGACCCACCUGUGCGAUUGAGAAGCAGAACAGACCGUUCUCCUGGAGUGUACCUAGCACAGAACUCUAAAACAACUUGAAUACUGUUACCUAAGCAGUUCUUUUUGUCUUUUAUUUAAGUGUACUAGAAUGUAAAACCUUUAUCGUUCCGAUUUUUAAAAACUGGUACAGUAUCGUAUUUGCCUCAUCUGAUGCACUGUAUUUCGAUCUGUAAUUAAAAUAAUAUGUUUGC